GAACCAUCACGGACAGCUCAGUGAUGGAGGAAAUAACUGACCAUCUUCACCGGCCUCUCUGUCAUCGUCCUCACCGGCUCCUCGGUGAUGGAGGCAUUCACUGACCGUCUUCACCACCACCUUAGUGACAGAGAAACUUAUUGACCAACCUCACUGCCAAAUCAGUGAUGGAGGAACUCACUGACUGACUUCACCUGCCCUCUGUAAUGGAGGAACUCAGACUGUCCUCACCGGACCCCUGGUGAUAGAGGAGCUUACAGACAGUCCUACUGUCCCCUCAGUUAUGGAGGAACUCACUGACCAUCCUCACCAUCCCCUCAGAGAUGGGAAUACAUGCUGAUUGUCAUUACCAUCCCUUCAGUGUCUUCACCGUGCCCCCACUGACGAAGGAAAUCACUGAUCACCCUCACCGGCCCUUCAGUGAUGGAGGUACUCACCGACCGUCUUCACCAUGACCUCAGUGACAGAGGAACUUAUUGAACAUCCUCACUACCAAAUCAGCAAUGGAGGAGCUCAUUGCCUGUCCUCGCCACCACCUGAGUUAUGGAGGAACUCAUUGACCAUCUUCACCGGCCUCUCAGUGACAGAGGAACUCACUGAUUGCCCUCACUGGCCCUCAAUGAUGCAGGAACUCACUGACCAUCUUCACCACCACCUAAGUAAUGGAGGAACUUAUUGACUGUCUUCAUGACCAAAUCAGUGAUGGAGAAGCUCACUGAGUGUCUUUACUGUUCUUCUGAAUGAUGAAGGAACUCACUGACCGACUUCACCGGCCUCUCAGUGACAGAGCAGCUCACUGACUGCUCUCACUGUUCCUUCAGUCAUAGAGGGAUUCAGUGACGAUCCUCACCACCUUUGAUUGGGAUGGAGCUCGGCAGACAGAGACCAUGAAAGGGACAGCAAUACUUAAGAUCAUAGUGUCAAUGACAGUUAAGAAACUGGCCCUUCGGUCCACCCAUCUAUGCUAACCUUGUUUGCUUAUCUUAACUAACCCUAACCUUAUUUGUCUGCUUUAUUUCUGUAUUCUUUUAUGUCUUGCCUACUUAGGCGACUGUCCAAAAGCCUCUUAAAUGUAUUCUAUAUGAUUCCACCAAACUCCUCUGACAGCUUGUUCUGGAUAUCAACUAUGCUGUGUUUAAAAAAAAAACUUUUCCCUCAGAUUCUCUUUUCUCACCUUAAUCCUGUGCUUUCUUGUUUUUGAUUCCCUUUCUCUACAAAAAGGGUUUUAACUAUACACCUUAACUGUCCUUUAUAAUCUUAUGUAGUUCUGCUAAGUCACCUCCUUCCAGGGAAAAGAAACACAGCCCGUAAAAUCUCUCUUCAUAACUAAAAUCCUUUAAUCCUUCUUGCUUUGCAUGUCCUUUCUAUACCAUAUCGAUCAGAGCUCCUUCAAUGCCUAUUUAGAUCGUAGAGUUAAGAACAGGCCAUUCAGCUUUGUCUUUGCUAACCAUAAAUCAGCCAUCUCACUAUUUUCAUUUCCUAGCACUCUGACCCUAAUGAUUCUCUCUGUUUGUUUGUCCAACACUGACAUUAGACCACACAUGAUGCAAGAUCUUCCUCAAGUCCACUCUAAAUCUCUAUGCCCUCUAUCAGAUUUCUCUGCAAUGGGGAAAAGUUUCUCACUAACUACUCUCUCUAUUCCCUUCAUAAUCAUUAUAAUGUUCCAUUCCCAAUCCCUAUAUGCAUUCCCCUCCAUUGCAAGGAAAAUAAUCCAGUCCAUCCUCAUAAAUGGACAACAUCCUGAGGAAUUUCCACACCAGUGUUUUUUGGUGCAGGAACAUAAAGUAUGUUGGUAAACUAGAUCAAAAAUUUUUUCGGUAGUUGGAGGCAGAGAUUACUGAUAGAUCAGUAUUUUUCUCUGUUUGGAACCCCAGGAACUUUGCUGAAUAAAGAGAUAUUCGAAUGAAAGUCCAUUAUGCACUAAAAGUGAAAGAUAGUGAAGAAGACAUUUUGGAAUGUUUGUUAAGGCCCUGCCAUUUACUUUCUAUGUCAUGACAGAAUUUUACUUCCAAAUGUGCAUUACUUCACUCUCGUCUGGAUUAAAAUUUAUUUGCCACAGCUCUAUCCAACUUUCCAACUGAUUUACACUUGCUUUCAUAGGCUGAGACAUUGUAUAAAGGGAAGAAAAGAAGAUGUUGAUGGAACAUGGAGGAACUCAUCAGACAGUAUUUGAGGAGGAAGAUAAACGGUUAAUUUUCAUCUGGAUUGCACUGAGAAGCCUGGAAUGGAGCAGGAAGCCGCAUUAGACAAGCACCAAGGAAGGACACAUGGAUAUGACUGACAUUGGCUUCACUCAUUCUGGGAGGUUAAAGUCAUGCCAUACCGAUUGGAAUAUUCAGGCUUCCGAAAUGUCAAAACGUACUUUCAACCCAAUCCGUACCAUUGUGGACAAUAUGAAAACCGAGCCAAAUCCCAAGAAGGCCAUGAUUUCACUCUCUAUUGGUGAUCCCACAGUUUUUGGGAACCUUCCAACGAAUGAAAAGAUUUUGCAGGCCAUGAAAGAAGCAGUGGACUCGGGACAAUUCAAUGGCUAUGCACCUUCCGUAGGUUAUCAAAGUAGCAGGGAUGCAGUGGCUAAUUUCUACAGCUGUCCUGAGUCACCAUUGACGGCAAAGGAUGUGAUUUUGACCAGUGGUUGCAGCCAGGCCAUUGAACUGGCCAUCAGUGUUUUGGCAAACCCAGCACAGAACAUUCUGAUUCCCAGGCCUGGAUUCUCUCUCUAUAAAACACUCACUCUGUCUCUGGGCAUUGAAGUUAAACUCUACAAUUUACUGCCAAAAAAAUCGUGGGAAAUUGACCUGAAGCAUAUGGAAUCAUUGAUUGAUGAUAAAACUGCCUGCAUCAUAGUGAACAAUCCUUCAAAUCCAUGUGGCUCCGUGUUCAGUAAAUCCCAUCUUCAAGAUAUUCUGGCUGUUGCUGCAAGAAAUUACCUUCCAAUCAUAGCAGAUGAAAUAUAUGGCGAUAUGGUUUUUCCUGAAUACAAAUUUAUUACCCUUGGAUCUUUGAGCAGAAGUGUCCCCAUUCUAUCCUGUGGGGGCCUGGCCAAACGGUGGCUUGUACCUGGCUGGCGAAUGGGUUGGAUUCUCAUACAUGACCGGAAUGAGAUCUUGAGCAGAGAGAUCCGACAUGGCCUGGUCUGUUUGAGUCAAAGAAUUCUUGGUCCGUGCACAAUUGUACAAGGAGCAUUGGUAGAUAUUUUAAAUAAAACAACUCAAGAAUUUUACGAUGACACCAAUAGCAUCCUGAAGUCCAAUACUGACCUUUGUUUCAAUGCUCUUGCAAUGGUUCCUGGCUUAAGACCAAUCAGACCUUGUGGAACGAUGUACAUGAUGGUUGGUGUUGACAUAGAUAAUUUUCCUGAAUUCAGAAGUGACAUUGACUUCACAGAACGUUUGAUUAUGGAGCAAUCAGUUUUUUGCCUUCCUGCCACGUGCUUCGAGUAUCCAAACUACUUCAGAGUGGUUGUGACUGUUCCUGAAGACUUGAUAUUGGAAGCAUGUAAGCGCAUCCGUGAGUUCUGUGAGGAACAUUUCCAGUCACAAGAACAUUACAGUGUACCUGAUGCUGAAGGUGAUAAGUGAUGCCAAGUUCACUGGAUCCUAUAAAAUGAUAGACUGUGCUUCAGUUUUAACUAUUUAAUUCAAUCCUAAUGUAAUGUAUAAAUUAUUGUACAACGUUUAAUUUAUUAUUUAUGCAUAGUAAUUC